AUGCAAAUGGCGGUUGUUAUUGUGGUCGAAAAUUUUAGUGAACGAAUAUUUUUAUAAAACCGUGUGCGAAUGCAUUAAUUAAACAUUGAUGGUAAAAUUUACAGAAAGAUUGUUAUUGUAUUGAGGAUAAAUAUAAUAUAUUGUGAGAAGAUAUGAUUAUGGUAUAAACGACUUGUCGUUUACCAAAGUGAUGCUCGUCCAUUCAUUCGUUAAUACGUCGGUUCUGCCUGCAUUUGUGUCUAAAAUGUUGAUACAAGUUUAUGAGCAUGUCAAAUAUCGGGCAUAGCAAAAACGACAGUGUACUGUCUUUAUAUAAACAAUUAUCCUACUAAAAUGACAAAUAUUUAAAGAUCAAGUGCUAGGUUUAUGAAUAAAUAAAAAAGUAACAAGAUUUGUAAGCAAACAAAUUGUGGGAAAAAUUAUUAACGAGAACGCUUCAUAGUGACACCCCAUGAAAGGCGGCGCCAUUGAUAAAUGGUGGUGUGGCAAUUCCUUAAUAUCUGCUGGAAGACGUAAACCAACGUGGAGGAAGUCAAAAAAUAUAUUCUAAAAAAGUUGCAGUCAUAUAAAAAAAUAUUAUUUCUGUACAUUUUACGCUUGGUGUAAAUAGUAAUACAUUUUUGUAUAUACUUCGAUAUAGAAAAUAAUACAAAUGAGCUAUAAAAACUUUUGGAUGAAAUGUACAUGCUUCUGUAAUGCAAUACGCUGCACCGUUUCCCUAUAUGGGAUAAUGUUUCAUUUUGUUCAAAAACAAAGAAAAUGACACGGCUUGUUUAUAAAUAUAACGGUUAAUUGGAGAUGUAAAUUAACACAAAUGUUGAAAAAUACAAUAAUUUACUGUUUCAAUAGAAAGCCAAAUGCCUAGAAAAAAAUGUGUGAGUAACAGCCAUGCUUUAAGAAAAGCGAACAUUUUCUUAUUCGUUGUAAAGUUUUGUUCAAAGCAGCUACAAUUAAUAUUUGAAGUGAUAUACUCAUAAGUGAAAGGAUUCCGAAUACAUAAAGAAACAAGUUGUACACUUUACCCUUACCAUAAUAGAUGUUAUAUUGCAAUUAUUACUCAAUCUUAAUUUUUAAACCUCCGCCUGGUGUAAUUCUCGUGUAAUGAUAUGCAACUUAAACAGCAGAUUGAAUCUUGCGUGCGGAUAACAGUGCAAAUCCCAAAGGAUGCGGCUCAACGGUUACGCCAGAUGGCAGCGGAGGGCAAUCCAGCCCUCCAUGCUCUCGGUAUUAUGUCUGUGCAGUUGGACGGCGAUUCUGUGAUAUCCAUAAAAUUACCCGGACAGGAGAUAAAUUUAAAAACUAUAGAUAAUGACGAAGAAGUUUUAUCGAGCGGCACGAGUGAGGCGAUGGGCGAUUUUACACAAUUGUUGGAUGUUGGGGGGAGUGCGAUCCAGUGUCUUAGUGAUCAGUUAACAAGUGGAACAUUUUUGCAAUCACAAGUGCAAUGUCGCAUCCCUGUACAAAACACCAAUAAACAAGAACUUCCGUCAACACAAUUGCAGCAAUGUCAGCUGGUGCAGGAUAGACGUAAUAUGCUGCUUGGAGGUCCAAGUACAAGCAAUGCCGCGCAAGCUAUUCUUCAAAAGCAACAACAUCAAACCCCAAACCUGCAGCGACAGUUAAUUCAAGGUCAACCACUAUUUAAACCGCCAAACACAGUUUGUCCUAUGGAUGGAAAAGUCCCGGUACCACCAAUAUCUUCAAAUUUAAAUACCGGGUCAAAUAGUAGGGAUUAUCCAUUCGUUAGUAUGAGGCAAGCUCGUGUUUUACAAGGUCGAGAAAAUGCACUAAAUAGUGUUCUAGUAAAUUCUAAUCAAGCUUUUUCAACAAGUGGUUCACAAUCUUUACAAGCGCCGCAAAAUGGACAAAUGGAACUUACAAGUGGUUUGGUAUCGUGUCCCAAUGUACCAUUAAAAGUUAUAAAAAAUUCUCCCAAUGUAGAUCUUUUGCCUUCAACUUCUGUUUUAGCUGCUAAUAAAUUACAGUUUUUGCAACCUCCACCACCCCCAUACCCAGGCAUGGGUGCAGUAACAUCAAACGUUAUAAACAAACCUAUCGCUCAAAUAAACAAAACAGUUCAAAACUAUUUACAAAAAGGCAUGGGAGGGCCACCAGUGGGAUCUUUUUCAGUAAUUAAUUCUACGACGCCAAAUAAUAAUAUUGCAAUUUCCUCACCCCUGCUUGUGAAUUUAUUACAAAAUGAUGGGAAUACGACGUCAAAUCAAGUAAAAUUGUCAUCACAAACUUCAUUGACUCAACAGCAAUCAUCACCGUUACAAUCCACGAGUCAGCAACAGUUAAAUCAAAGCCAACGUCAACAGUUAUUAAGUUCACCAAUGCAAACGCAAUCAACACCUAACGACAUAGCACUAGACCACAAACAAGUUCAACAACAACAGACACAAUUGUUAUCUUCGGAAAAUACUUUGAUGGGUACAUCUUCAUCAAUUGGGGCGUCUCUAUCUCCCGGCGUAAAUACAAGUAUGCGGAACUUACAUCAACAACAACAGGAGCAAAUUGUGACAAGUCCUGGAAGCAAUUUAUUUGGUCAUCACCAAUUUCAAUCUAACUUUCAGCCGCAGCAUAUUGCAUCUCAACAAACCCAUUUUUUGCGACAACAGCGCCAGCAACAGUUGCAGGGAGCUGUUGUUUCGAUUCCAGGUACUCCUUCGCAACGCCUAAUGCAACAACAACAAUCGUUCCAGCAAUCUCAAAUAAUAAAUAAUAAUCAGGCAUCUCUGCAAAAUGGUGUUGGUGGAAUAAUGUUAACUAAUCUGCACCAUCAGCAAUCACCAAAUAUUCGGCAAGUUCGUCCCGUAGGCAUAAUGACAGGACACGUAGCUGUACAGCAAAAAUCGCAACAAGCACUUCACUUUCUUUCUUCCGGUAAUAUGUCACCUGCGGCGUCGCAUUCACCUGCCUCUAGCCACCAUUCGAUGCAUAGUCCAUUAAUGGGCUCACAUCAACAGCAAAUAUUGUCGCCUUCUACAACACCAGUGCAAUCUCCACACUCUCAUACGCCACAUGCACAUAAGCAUAUUGGUCAACAGCAAUCGCAUCAGUUGCAACUGCAGCAGCAACAUAAUCAAUUACAACAACAGACAGCGAUACCGUCAUCUAACAGUGUUAAUCUUCAUCACAACUCACAAGUACCUUUAGAAUCGCCUAUAUCCGGAACGAGAUGCAGUACUGGUAGCAGUGCUUCUUUGACAAAUACAAUACCUCCACCACCUGAUUAUAAUCAGACGGCUAACGCGACAACAGGCUGGCCUGUGAAUAACAAAAUGAUGGAUUCAGAAACUAAAAGUAGUUUCCAGGAGUUUGCUCGUUACCAAAUGCAAUACAACUUACAGCAGCAACAAAUGAAUACUAAUCACCAAUCGCAGCCAAAUAAAGAAGAUUUGCAAAAACAGCAAUUUAGCACUCAUUCAUCGAGUCCCGUAGGAGAUACAAUUGGAAGAAUGGUGGCAGUAUCUUCGAUGGAUAAUGUUGCAUCCAAUGUAUUAUCAGAUCCUUUAAUAACUUUGUCCGAUUUUGAAGCUUUAACAACAAAUGACCUUGACGCUUUGCUACCAACAUUAAACUGUGAUUUGGAUUCAGCUCUUAGUUUGGAUGAUAAAAAUGAAUUGGAAUCACUUUUGCAAGAUGCAAAAGAUCUCGAUUUGGACCUAAUUGAGGAAAAUUUAUCUGCUGUAGGCGUAGAUAUUGAUGAAACAGCAGCUGCGGCAUCUUCGCUUUUAGAUGCAGAAGCCAGACAUUUGCCACCAAAUGUGACACUUGGCGUUAAUCCAAUACAUUUUGAACAAAAUGGGCAAAUACCGCAAACAAUACAAAAUCAUAUGGGUGAUGACACCAUAGUGGCCACUAAACAAAAUAAGUUGCUAGUGCAGCUAAAUAAUCAAUCACGGGAUCAGGUUAUGCAAAACCGAUAUAAGGCGGAAGAUAACAUGUUUAUGCUAAAUAAUCAAGCUAAUCAGAAACUGCAGUUAACUCAAGAUAUAUCAUCCCAUUCUAUACAAUCAGGGCAACAUUCAAAUUUUCAAGUGGAGUCUGCGCUUCAUCGAAGUAAAGGAAGCGGAGGCACAGAGAAUUCAUCUACUCAUAAACAAUUUCUAAUUAAUCCUCUGACCGGUGAAAUGGAACCAAUGCAAAGUGAUGAUAGCGAAACAGAGGCAGAACAGGAAACUCAGCAAACUAAUUCUAUGUCGAAAAAUCAGCGAGUAGUGUCCUCAGUAAUCGAAAGUUUUAGUUGUAAUCAAUCUGUCGAAGGUUUAUCCAAUUCUCUGAUUUUGGAGGAUGAUUCAAAUUCAUGUGGAACCUCUGUGUCCAAACUUUCAAUCGGUGAGCAAAUAAAUGGAAUUAUUCCUGGAGUAGCAAGUGAUACAGAACGCUCACGUGAUUCGUUACUUUUAAACAAAUCGAAUAGAAGCGUUAAAUAUACUAAACGAGAUGAUACUCAUGUGCUUAACAAAUCAGUGACUUCUCUUAAUAAUAUUACUGAAUUUUGUACAAUUAAAUCACCGAAUGCAUUCUUUACCCCUGGAACGACAUCGUCAGCUACUAGUGGGCUUAAAAAAAAAUCAAAGUCAACAACGCUACGAGAAAAACAGCAAAAUAACUUAAAGGAAAAAAAGCAAGAUGCAAACACCAUUUCUGGAGUGACAAAACCUAAAAGGACAAAAGCAAAUGCCAAAUCGAAGACGUCUGCUGCAUUGUCAUGUACGAAUACAAUACCUUCUACGUUAUCGGAAUCUACAUCCAUAUUGGCAACUCAACGAACAUCAGAAAGCUGUAAUAAUAAUGAGAAAAUAAAAUUACGCUUAAAAUUGGAAAAGAAGGAACCUGUAUCUCCUGCUUAUAAAGUAGAUAUGUCUUUUGUAGCUUCACCAAAACUUCCUGCAAUGGAAACGCCAGUGUCGAGCAAAUUAAACGUACCAACUCAAAGUAAUAAUAGUGUUCUACUUAACAAGAAUAUAAACCAAAAUACCACAGUUUUAUCGGUUUCUACACAACAGCAACAGAAUCUGCUAGAGAAUUCUUCUGUUGUACAAAACCAAUCGAUUGCUUUCACAAAUUUUACGCCACCGCAAAUAGCCGUAAAUGUUAGUCCGAAUUGUUCAAUUGAUGAACCCCGAGUACCCCCAUUACACAUCAGUCUAAGGGGUGGGAAAAACUCAAUUGUCAUUAAAAGUAGUCGAAAAGAUCGUAAGAAACCACAGAGUGUGCCAAAUACGCCUUCAGUUGUAUCGAGUGGAGAUGGUGAAGAUGUUGAUUCUAAACAUAUACCUAAUAAACAGUCGCAAAUGCAGUCAUCGCAAAUGCCAGAUCUGUGUACAGAGAUUAGGACUCAAGAGAAAACACAGCAUUUGUACAUUUCCCAAAGCCCUACAUCAUCAGUCUUUAACUGUAGUGGAAACGGUAACAAUUCCGUGACAAUAAUGACAUCAGCACGUCUGCCGACAUUGCCGAUUUCCAGUGAUGAUCCUUCAUUGUCAGCAACGUCAAUGACAGCGACGUCACUGACAACAUCUUCCUUCUCGGGUAACAAGAAUGGACUCACAAUAAGUGCAAUUAAAUCGCUUGAUACAAAGAGCGUCAGUAGCUUAAAUGACAAUAAAAAUAUAAUAAUUGGUUCGACUAAUGUAGGUACAUUACCGUUUCCACCCCAAUUGAUGCAUCAAUCACAAUAUCAAAAACAUACGUCCCAUAAACUGUCACAAACUUGUAAAGAUCCAUCAAGCUUAUCUGGUAGCAUAAUUAAUACAUUAUCCAAAAAUAAUAUAUUAGCUUGUUCCAGUGAUAAUUCUGUAAAUAUUUCAAAUCGUGUGAUGAAUACAAUGAAUUUAAAGACACCAGCCACAAUUACACCUAUUGGUAUGGGUGGAGGCAAACCACUGACAAAAAAUCACAAACCACCGUCUUACAUAACAGCUGUUCAGCAACUUCAACUUCAAAAGCAUCAACAAAAACAGUUGCAGAAGCAAACAAAAUUUGGAACUCUUAAUGAAAGUCAAUCACCACAGGAAACAAUUGUCGCAGUAGCGACUUUGUUGCCAAGUGCAACAACCCUAAAACGAGUUACAAUACCGAAAUCGUCGGUUGAACAAGAUGAUUUAGUUGUUAAAUCGGAAAGUGUUACUUCUACAGCUGAAAGUCUUGUGAAUACGGAUAUCAAAAUAUCUUCUUCGAAUUUACCAACAACAUUGGCGAAUGCAGUUGUCGGGUUUAAAAAGCAAUCGCAUGAAGCUAUACAAAAUGAAUCUGUUCCAAUUCCUGUAAGCAAUGGAACCGUAAGUGUAAAUAACGUUGGUAUAUCAUGUAAUCAAGGAAAUGUAGUUGGUACUUCACCACCUGCUCUUAUUAAUGUAACGCUCCGCAACUCGCCGGCAAGUAACGGAAGUGGUACCCCUGGUCACGGUAAUGGAAGUGGAACAGGCGAAGACAGUGGUAUUGAGUCUAUGGAUGCGUUAUCAGAAAAAAGCCCUCAUCAACAAUCGUCUUGCAGCCCAACUCAACAGCAGAUAAAUGGUGGUAGUACAAGCAACGAAAAGACAGCAGCAACAUCUAAUGACGUAAAAAAGUCAUUGAAAAGCGAUAUAACGAAAGAAAAAGUAGAUCAUACCAAAAAUAUAAAUGAGGAAAAUAAGCUCGAAUCAAACCCACAAAGAAAAGAUAAUUUGUUGGAUUAUACAGAUGACGAAAUUGAAAAGGCUUUGGCCAGAAUGGAAGGAUUUAAUGAAGAUUAUUUGACAGUUGACCGAAAUGCAUCAACUAUUGUUAGCACAGUUGAUCAAUUGUCUUCUAAAUCAGCUGCAAACACAAAAAACGCCAUCUCUCCUUCCAAAGUCGAAGACACUAUAAAAGGAGCGUUGUUGGAAUAUAUGGCCGAAACUUCAACAGAAAAUACUGAAAAUAAAUUAUCGGGACGAAUAAUUGAAUCCAUUACCGCUAAAGAUAAGAACACUUCUCAAUAUACAGAUGGAAAUAUUGUAUUAGAUAAUAAAUAUAAAUCGGAGAUAAGUCUAGAAAAACCAAUUUGUUCUAGAAAACUUGAUAUCAAGGCCACUGAAAAAUUGACAACAGAUGAAGGAGGCAGGACAAUAUUUGAAGCUAAAAAACAAGGGGAUGCAUCAAAUAUUCAUUCACAACGUUCGGACUCUACUUACCCUCCUAUAUCUAUUGAAAUUCCAACGCAAAGCGAAACGGAAUGUAAUCGAAUUCGCACUCGUGCUAGUAGUCGAUUAGAAAGUCCCUUGGAUAUAAAUAAAUCAAGUCCAACAUCGAAUGAAUCAAAUGCAAAUUUUUGUGUGACUACUAACGAUAAACAACUCAAUACAACGCGAGCGUCUUCAAUUGGUAGUGUCAGCCCACAAUUAAGCGUUACAUUUUCUGGUAGUGAAACUCAGCUUGGUGUAGGAAGUAAGCGUAAGCGCCAAGAAUCUGAUACUAGUGCUAAUAACGCACAUCUAAAUGAAUGUACUGAACAAAAGCGUUUACGGAUAAGCAGUAUAAGUAGCGCUACAAGCAAUGUUGCUGUUGAUGAUAAUGUUAGGAAUAUGAAUGAUUUAUCUUCAGCAAAUGAUGCGCAGGAUGCCUCAAAAAUCAGCUGUAGCAGAAACUGUGAGGAAUCUUCUGACUCUGAUGAACCAUUGAUCGAAGUGGCAGAAAAAGUAAGAAAUUCAAAGGCUGGCAAUGUUGCCGACUUUAACACUAGUGAAGGAGCUAUUCAGGCAACGCUGGUAAAUUUAGCAUCAGGGAAAAUGGAGUUUUGCAAUACAUCCAGCUUGGAAAAAAAUACACGUAAUAGUCGAACAAUAAUACAUCCAAGUAAAACCUCAUUUGCUGUCAACACAAUUGGAAAUGUACAAAGAGAGACUUCUCCUACUAGUCAUAUAAAAUGUGCGACAUCUUCGUUAACAAUUAGAUCAGUAAAAAAUAGCAAUGGUACGAUAAAUACCUCAGCUUCAGGAGAUUCAAAUACGAAUGACAACAAUGUUUCCGUGGGAAUUUCGGCCAUGACUAAUUUGCAUUUCACUCGUGGUAAUACAAAUUCCAACCCUUCAUUUGCUGGUGGGAGUGGAAUAAAUAACAAUAACAACAUUAGUGAGGAGAAAAUUGGAACACGACGUAGUGUUCGUACAAACGCAGGUAUUCAUAAAAAUGUUUAUGGGCGCUCAAAUACUUCCGUUGUGACAUCAACGACGAUGUCUGUCCAAAACACAGAUCAAGCAAAAGCUAUAUUGUCGAAAACAGUCGGUGUACAUGGAAGUGAAAAUAUGGGUUUCGUUGAAGCUCGGAGGAAAACGAGAAGUGCAGUUAUUGGAGAGGCACAGUUAACUGAAGGACGAAGAAGACGAAACUCUCGCGAUUAUAAGUGACCAUUGUCUUGCGCCUCGGCUACAAAUUUAAAUGUAGGCGACGAUGGCGAUAUGGAACUGGGUGAAUUUGGAGUUGAAGAACUCGAAAGCAAAAAUUGCUUUUUAUUGGCCGAGACGCAGGAUGAAUUCUCAAUGUAUGCUUUAGUUGAUGACAGUAAGAAAAAUGUUGACUUCAAAGAUGAAAGUGACCGAAAAAAUUCGUUUGUUACUGAAAAUGCAGAUACAAAUCAAUAUUUAAGCGCUUUUCGUGUUAAUAAGGAAAUCGAUUGUAAAAACUUACCGAAAUCAAUCUCGAGUACAGAGGUUAUUCAAGAAAUAGAAGAUUUAGAAUGCAUGGGACGUGAACAUAUAAUGUUUUAUAACAGCAAAUUGGAUUCAGAAGUUGAAAACGACUUACUCUCCGAAAUUUCCCCUGUGAAUCCAUUAGAUUGUAGUAGCUUUUCGGAUUACAAUGAGUUUAAUUUGUGCUUGAACAAUAUACUAAACUUUGACGGGGAUGAAAAUAUUCAUGAACUGUUAUCACCAAGAGCAAUAAUUUCGGCAGAUAAUCUAGUCCGCUCAGGCGGAGUAGGUUGUUCCUCCAGUACGAAACCUGUAAGAAAUAUCAAAGAUUCCACAGAAGAUUGGGGUCAGCGUCUUAUUCGAAGAAGUCAGGAUCAGCCAAAUAAUAUUUUUGAUAUAAUUCAUUUGAGUGAAGACAUGGACCUACACUCCUACCAAGCCGACCCUCAUGUACAACCACUUACUAUUGGGCUUGAGGGUAGUCUACAUAAUGUAGAAAAAGGAUUGGAAAAAGCUGAAAAUGAUCUAGAAUGACCAAUUACAUAGAAAGGAUUUGAUAAAUACAAGUGUCUCACUCAUUGGCAUAAACAAACAACGCUGUGGCAAUAAAGUCGUUAAAAGUCAUAUAAAUAUUUAUUAUUAUUUAUAACGAUAAUCUUAUUUGAAGCUAGUAAACUCGAUUGUAUGUAUGUACGGACAAUUAGAGUUGUAUGUAAUAAAAUUUUGAAUAAUAAAUUAAAAAAAAAAAAACAUUUAAUUAAAUUGCAGACACACUACUAAAGGAAACAAAAAACAGGUCAUCAUUGAGAUAAAUUGCAGUCAGUUUCAAAAAUUGCAAAACGGAGCCUUUUUAUAAUAUGAAGCAUUUGAAUUUAUCUAUAGGAAUGAAUUUGCUAUUACUGGGAGUAGUAUAUCUAGUCAAGAGGUUUAGAGAAAAUAAAUGCAGAUGAAAAGUAAUUGAACAAAAUUUAAUUAAUUAAAAAUAAUUUUCUUAUUUGUAAAUAUCAUUCUAGGAUUGUACACUUUAACACCUGUCGAAUUCGUUGAUUAUUAUUCCCCCUGUAUUUUUUUUUUUAAUUUUUUCCAAGCGUUCCCGGUUAACAAUAUAUAAUAAAGUAAAUGACACAUUUUACAACA